AACUUUCCUUGAACUCAGACGGCACUCAAACGCAGCAUACGUUAGCUCGUUAGCUAACUUAGCUAUGCGCUAACAACAACAACAACAACAAUUGUCCACACCUCGUAUUUUUGCGACAAACGACAAAGCCGAUGCCCCGUGGCCUUAUGCAGACUCGGGGAGAGUGGUUUAAAGGAUCGCUCGAUACUAAUGGACGCCAGUGAGUGUGUCUUAUCGGCGGGGAGAGCCGUUCUCGACAUGGUGGGUCGGGAGUGGCAGCCUCUAUCUGCGGCCGAGCUGGACCAGCGGCUGGACCUGGCGGUGGAGGAGAUCCUGGAGGCUGAGCUGUUGUCCGAGCUCAGAGCUCAGCCUCCCCCGGCUGUGUACGUCCACUUAAUGCAGACUCAACCACAUGUGGGGCCCCAGGUCCUACAGCCAGCGGCGACAGCAUGCGGUCCCCAGGUGGAGGAGACACCAGCAGAGCCCCAGGGACGACUGGAGUCUGUGGACAGUGCAGCAGUGAAGUACAUCAAAGACCUGCUCCACAGCUCCAAAUCACAGGCUCGUUUGGUGGGUCGGGCUCGCGUCUCUCUGUCCCACACUAUCCUGCUGUCCCUCACCCUGCUCUCCGAGCGCGUGAGCUACGGCUCAGUGUCCCGCCGCUUCCUCGUGGAGAAGGGAAACAUCCACAAGAUCUUCUUUUCCUUCUGUGAGCGUGUCAACACGCUGAAGGAGAUGCAAAUCAGAUGGCCAGUUGGCGAGGAGGCAGUGGACGCCCUUUUCCCGAUUUCCAGUCAAGGGAAGGGGCAAGAAGACGGGGAGCAAAGUGUUCCUCUGGUCCUGGGAAUGUUGGGACACACCCGCAUCCCUAUCCGCCUGCCUAUAGGGAAACAUGAUGUGGAGAGCACAGUGCCUGAGGUGAAGCGGAUGAAGGAGGAGGCCAAUCCAGACUCCUGGUUAAACCUAGAGCUUUUAUGUGACCGCAGAGGUCGGCUCCUCCAUUGCACAAUAAGUAAAGGAUCCGACGUUGACCGAGGCAGUGCUCUCAGAGACAAACUGAAAGAGCAUCCUGAACUGAUGCCUCCGGGCUCCUGCCUUGUAGCCAGAACUGGCUACCCACUCACCGCUCACAUAUUAACUCCAUAUGUUACAAGUCAAGGCCCGAGAGAGGAGCUCUUCAACAAAACACUGGAGGAGCACUUUCACAUUCUGGAUCAGGCCAUUGCCAACCUGAGAGCCAGAUUUCAGAGGCUAAGGUAUCUGGACAUUGGGAGCUACAAUCGAGCCAGAGCUGUUGUGCUGACCGCCUGUGUGUUGCACAAUGCGUUUUUGGACAUGGGAUGGGUGGUUCAAGGAGAAGUGGAGAGAGAGGAAACCCUAACCCAAGAGGGGGAGGGGGACGUGGAUGAUGAGGGCGUACGCAGACGUGAUGCCAUUUCAGAUCUGUUGUUGAAAAGCUUUGAGUCUUGAUGACAUCUGUAAAGCCAUUUUCAGACAUGUCCUCUGGGUAAAAUCCCGAGAAGUGGAUACAGAGUUUACCCAGGGUUUGCCUUUCGCACGUGCACAACAUGGAGGGAGGUUUUCUGCACAGACGCGUUCACGACAGCAACAAACCAUCAACAAUACUCAGGCAAGAGGUGGAACAGCCCGUUGCAGGAAGUGACGUAUUAUCCCUGCUGCGUAGAUCAUGUGAUUUUGUUUACUGCACCUCGACACCGUCAUCAGCUCUUAUUACGACAAUAUACUUCUUCUACGUAUAUAUGUCACCGCUUUUUAUUUGAGUUCACACAUUUCACUCUAGAGAAAAUCAAGAAACUGUGGAGACCUUCAGGGCAUGUCUGAAAGCAGCUUAAGAAAACAAGGGUUCACUCUCCUGUAAAAUAAAGUUUUAUUUUAACAAA